GAUAGUUUGAUCUUCACUCUGUCAAUAACUUUUUUCGUAUUCGCGUUGGCCGUAGUGGGCGCAUUUUCUUUGCGAGGCCGCAAACGACACACAAAGGAACAGAUUUCCGAUAAAGCACCAGUUGUUGUGACAUCAACUACACACACUGCACCUGGCGGCUAUCCAGUUACACAAAUGCCGCCCGCCACUGGUUAUCAGCAGCAGUCCAUGUACCCACCGUAUCCAACGCAAACAGGCGUUCAUGGACAGAUGCCCAUGCCGAUGCCCGUCGCCCAACCGCCAGCGCCUGGCAUUCAACCUUACGUUACGCCUUAUCCACCGAUGCCUGCGGCUGCGAUGAAUCCACCCAGCUAUGACGCUGCUGUAGCAGGUGUAGGUACUGGUCAACCAAAUAAUGCAAGCAGUGGCUAUGAGAAGCAGGCUCCCUAUAAUCCCCACUAUAAUGCAUACUAAUAAGGAAAAACUACAAAUCGAUGUAUAAAUAUUUAGUGAAUAUAUAAUGUAUACAGGCAUACAUGCUACAUAUGUACAUACUUAUGUAUAUUGUAUACUUAUAAAUUAAGUAAGCCAUAUUACGAUUGAGUGUGGUGCCGAUAAUAUUUAAGACAUUGCUUUCUACAAAAUGAUAAUUUCUUUUUCACAAAAUUGAAAUGAAUAAGAAAUGCGCAAUGACGACAUGCAAUGGAAUGUAUAGAGCUUCUGUUAAUGAGUCUAUUCAAGACUGCGAAAAUAAGUUAAAAAUAAAUUUAAAAGCAAAAUUAAACUAUUCGAAAAAAA